UUUGGAGGGCAAGGCAUGGCGCGGCAAGUGUCUGCUCCGCCCGGGAGACCCGACUUCGGGGCACUUGGCGGCGCCUCCUCGCUUUCCACGAGCCUCCGGAGCCGAGGCUGGGCGGGACGGGAGAGCUUCCCUCCGCCCCCGGGGGCAGGGCAGGGCGGCUCUCCGGGGCCGAGGAGGUGGGGAAGCGCCCGGGCUGGAGCGGAGGAUCCAGUGCGCGCAAGCGACGCUGCGGGCAGCUGUCGCUUCGGCUGGAGGAAAGGGGCGCGAGGGGAAAGCGAGCUUCUACAGCUAGAAGAAGCCAUGGCCCAAAGGGGACAAAACUCCAGACACUUCCUUCUCUCCAGACACAACAAUGUCAAUGCAGAAGAGAACAGUCACAACAGAUCUGUAGACAUCGCAGAGCAAAUGGAGAUGAAUAUCAGGGCUGCAACCCAAGUUGGACACCAGCUUGCAAUGAUAGGGGACGAGUGUAACCGGAUGUACACUGGGAAAUGGGAGGAUUCACUGCUUCAUCUUGCAAAGGGGAUAGCAGCCAACGUUUUUCACACUUGUAUCUGGAGUAAUUUUAGAAGUAUUAUGAAAGCCUUUGGGAGUUUUUUGAGCAGUGGCUGGAGAAAGAAGAUUCUCGACUGUAACUGGAUUCUUUGGGUGCCUCUGAACUGCGUGUGCCAGAAAUGGUGGCCAGCCGCGCUGCUUGCUAUUUUGAUGUGGGGUCUGGUCACUUACGGACUGCAGGAUUAGUCGCAAGAGUUGCCAAUGGAAGGUCACUGCUGGACUCUGACCAAUCUUCAACUCACCCAGGAGGUGGCAUUCGCUUUGUUUGUUUUUUAAGAAGUUGGCUAUGGAUAACUUUUUUCUAUUUAAAAUGUAGGCUAGUGCUGGGUCACUGCUGUUUUCAUACUUUUAAAAUAAAUAUUGAUAUGGGGUUGUUGCUGGAUAACUACCUAAAUUGCUUGUUUUGAAAUAUGUAUGUUCAAGUGAUUAAAGUCUGACUUUUAUACUAAAAGAGCGGGGUUUUUGUUUUGUAAAAGGGAAUUUGGAAAGUUGACAGAAGGGUAUGCUGGCCAUCCUUUUUAACACUUGCACUGUAAAAUAUCUAAUGAAAAUUGGAGAUCUUAAAAGACUUGAAAAAUAAAACUGAUGUUCCAAAUCUAA